AUGAUUGGAAUGAGUUCAACAUUAGUCGAGACUGUUUCAAUUAAUUAUGAAGACUUUAAUGAAAGUUUUUUAACUUGUGGAACUUGUUUAUGUAUGUACGAUGGGAGUGAACAUACUCCUAAACUCUUGCCUUGCUCACAUACAGUUUGCCUUCAUUGUCUGACUAGAAUAGCAGCUUCCCAAACGAGAGACAAUGGAACUUUUAGAUGUCCAAUUUGUAGAAAACUCAUCACUAUUCCAAGAGGGGGAGUUUCUGCAUUGCCUCCAUCUUUUUUAGUUAAUCAACUCUUGGAUCUUAUGUCAAGACAACGAAGAGAAGUGAUUCCCAAAUGUUCAAUUCAUCUUACACAGGAACUUUUAUUCUGUGAAACAUGCGACACAGUUUUUUGCUCUCUAUGCACUGGAUCAACCGGCCAUUCAUCGAGUAACGAACACACAAUCAUACCAUUUUCGAUUGCCAUUAAACGAAUGUCUGAAAUAUUACUUUACAAAGCCAACGAAUGCAUUUCAAAACUUGCAGAAGCACAAGAAACUGUUAAAAGUGAAAUACAAAAAAUAAACGUUGGAAGUGAAAAAGCAAUUGAAAAAAUAAAUGACACGAUAAAUGAAUUAAACGUAUUAAUUGAAAAUAGGAGACAGGAAAUGUUAAAUGCCGUAUCGGAAGCUGCACAAGAGAAAAAAAAAGUUUUAGAAGAACAAUUAGCCAUUAUAGAAGGAGAAAAAAAUAAAGUUGAAAAUGAAUGCGAUGGUUUACAAUAUCAAGUAGAAGUAAGAAACAUAACGCAAAAAAUUUCUAGUUUGGGUGAAAAAUUAGAUGCCGCAUCAAGUUUAAGCGAACCGAGAGAAAAUUCAUUUCUCACGUGUGAUUUCACUCAUAAUGAUUCACUAUUAAAAUUAGCGGAAAAUUUAAAAACAUUGGGUAGAGUUAGAACGAGCACAACUUAUCCUAGUCUUUGCACUUACGAUUUGUGUGAAAAAAAUCCAGUUGCUAAUUUAGAAACGUGCGUUAUAUUAAACACUGUCGACUAUCACGGGAAUUCCAGAUCAACUGGAGGAGAUCCCGUUACGUCUAACGUCACAAUGGAAGGGAAUCCUAAUAAAGAAUUAAAUGUGAGAGUUGAAGAUUUAGAUAAUGGAACUUAUAAAAUUUAUUUUCGUCCACCAUUAGCCGGAAAGUACUUAUUAAAUAUUCUAGUCUUUGAUCGUGUCAUACGAGGAUGUCCGAUUCCGAUUGAUGUGACUGAUCAUAACAAUCCGAUUACCACAUUUGGAAUGAGAGGAUGUGGAAAAGAUGAAUUUUUACAACCCGUCGCCAUUGCUGUGGACAAAGACACGCAAUACAUUUACGUCGUCGAUACCGGAAAUUCACGAAUAAAAAUAUUAAAUAAAGAUUUAGAAUUUAUACGUCACAUAUAUAACGAAGGUUUGGAAGGUCGAAGUUGUACAGGUAUUGACGUUUGUAAAAAUUAUAUUUGCAUCGUUAAUUGGCGUACGAAAACGGUGACGACCAUGAAUCACGACGGUAUCACAAUGUCAAAAUUUUCUUAUGACGAAUUUCAAGAACCCAUCGAUAUAUCGAUCGAUAGCGAAUAUGGACAUUAUUUAAUAGCCGACAGCGGAUUGAGUUGCGUUUUUGUUUUCGAUUCGUUAGGUAAACUAUUAUUUCAAGUUGGAAAAAAAGGAAAUGGGAAAAAUGAAUGUUUUAAUUUAAUAUCGUCCAUUUGCGUCGGACCGAACAGUUCGAUUAUUGUGGCAGACACAAGCAUUCACAUAUACUCGCCGAAAGGAGAUUUAAUCGAAGAAAUAAAUUCGAACGAAGUCAAAAGUCGGGGAAGGUACGGAGGUUUAUCCGUCGACAAAGAAAAUCGCAUUGUCGUCGUGAAAACGGAAAAGAAUAAAAACGUUUUGCAAGUAUUGAAAAUACCCGGAGGAGAAAUAUUAUCAACGAUUGAUUCGUACGAUUCGAAACUUAAAAGACCCGGAGGAAUAUCGGUGACAAACGACAAUCACGUUGUUGUGGUCGAUUUAGGUUACGAUUUAGUUAGAAAAUAUCGUUAUUGGUAG